AUGGAGGUCCGGGCGGCGCCGGGGUCACGGCCACGGCCGCCGACGCCGCGGCGCGGCGUCACCUUGGCCGAGCAGCUCGCCGCGUCGUCCAACCUCCGCGACCUUCUCAAGCUCCGGGACGACGACGUCGACAACGGCGAAGGAGGAGAAGGCCGCCCCGCCGCGGCGGCGAGGCGCCGCACGCUGCUCGACGCCAUCCGGGACGCGGACGAGGGCCGCCGCCCUCCUUCCGUCGCCUCCGGCCGCCGCGGCGUUCACCCCGCCCCCGCGCCUGGAGGCGCGGGCGGCACGGCAACCGCGGCGCCGGGGUCCGCCGCGCGGGCGGAGAGCCAGAGAGUGUCCCUGAUGGCGCUGCUGGAGCGGACGGAGCAGCAGCAGCAGUGGACGUGGAAGCGCGCGGGCGGCGCGGAGGAAGCGGCCCCCGUGGAGGAGGAGGAGGAGAAGGGCGGCGGCGUGGGCGGGCGGUGCUGCGUGUGCGUCGCGCGGGGCAAGGGCGCGGCCUUCAUCCCCUGCGGCCACACCUUCUGCCGCGCCUGCGCGCGCGAGCUCCGCGCCGGCCGCGGCCGCUGCCCGCUCUGCAACGCCACCAUCCGCGAGGUCCUCAACCUCUUCUGA